UCACCGCCGGUAGUCAUAACAUCGAUUUCCGUCGAAGUAAAACAACCAUGAAGUCUAUCAUUUCAAUCCUCCUUACUCUCUUUACCGUGAGCAAUGCUGUAGAGCUCACCCCUGCCAACUUUGAUGAAUUGACUGCGGGCAAGACCGUAUUCAUCAAAUUCUUGGCGCCUUGGUGAGGGCACUGCAAGGUGAGUCCAGGUUUUGUGUUUCGCCAUCUGCGUAUCUGCGUGCUUCACGCGUGUUGUAGAGUGCCAUGGGUUUGGGAUUCUCUGGUAUCAGGAUCCAUUGCGGCGGUGGAACGGUUUUCCAGGUGCCCCACUUGGAUGUGGCAGUUGCCACUUUGUCGCGCAAGCUGUGGAUGGAAACUAGGAGUCUGUUUCGAAUUGGUCACAAUUGUAAGAUAGGAGAUGACUUUGAGCUCAAAAUGUUUUCCUUUGCCGAUUUCGAUCGCACUCUUUCUUUCCAAUCGCCGACAGAAAAUGAAGCCUGAUUGGGACAAGCUAAUGGACGCAUUUGCUGAUUCCCCAACCGCUCUCGUAGCCGAUGUCGAUUGUACUGCGGAGGGCAAAGACCUAUGCAGCGCACACGGUGUAAAGGGAUACGUAAGUUAACGAAAUUUUAUCGAUGUUUGUAUUAUCUGCGCAUGGUUGAGUGUUAUGGUUCAGUCGACAGUUAAUUCACCGAUGCAAAAAGCUGAAGGAUGGUCGAUUAUGAUCGCACUCCUGUAUGAUUCCAUUAUUGCAACACACGGUAUGAUCCGAUCGUUACUCAUUGCCGCUUCCAUUCCGAACAACUCCUUUCCACCUUUGCGUGAUUCGUUUUCUUUCUUUCUUGUUUCCAUUUUAUCGCACGAUGCGAUCCUGCGAACACACACAAUAUACCUUUUGUUUCGACGACAGCCUACCAUCAAGUGGGGUGAUCCAUCGGCCUUGGAAGACUACAAUGGUGGCCGUGACUACGCCUCUCUCGAAACAUUCGCCAAGGAGAACCUCAAGCCCAUGUGCUCUCCUGCCAACAUCGAUCUCUGCGACGACGCCAAGAAGGCCGAGAUCGAGAAAUUCCUCGGCAUGGCCGGCGAAGAGCUCGACAAGUUGAUUGCCGAAGGCAACAAGAAAAUCGAGGACAACGAAACCAACUUCAAGAACGAAGUAUCUAAGCUUCAGGCUCAAUACCAAAAGCUCAUGGAUGACAAGGACUUGGAAGAGAUCAAGAUCAAGGCCUCCGGUCUUGGCCUCAUGAAGGCCUGCGCCGCCCACGCGGCCAAGUCCAAGGGCAGCGACGAGCUCUAAGCGGCACCGAAGAAUCGAUAACGACUUGGAUUGAUUGGGUAUUGGUGUUGUAGCCGUUGACUCGGGCUCUCAUUGCAGGUGGAAGCGUAUUGUAUGUCGCGAACCGUUGGCGACGGCCGACACGAGCGGAUCGGAGCCUUGGGUUACCAGCAGAUGCAGGAAUGACGUUGCCAUAAUGCUGAUUCGUUCUUCUGAACGGAUUAGAUAGGGAGCCGAUAAGAGAUACAUAUCCGUCAAGCCGACUCGCUUCAUUGUUGGCGAACACGGGGAAACAUCUCGUUGCACCUGUUGGAACCUGUACAGGCACCGGUUUUAUUACGAGGCUUGUUUUUGCGUGAUUGGAACCUAUUUCAGUGGCUUAUAAAUACCACUACUUUAA